CAAUCUAAUACCGAUACGACCUCAUUUGCGAGUAUUCUAGCCGGUGUACAGAAGCUCAGAGGUGAACCAAGCAGCAAUGAUAGCAACAGUGCGCCAAUAGCUCAACAGAGUCCAGUUACAAGACAACCACAAGCUCAAGUUCAACAACCAGCACCUUCUUCAAAGAAGAGAACUAAUGCCUUUAACCAAGACCGUGCCAGUUACAAUUCUCCUAAAACUCAACCUUUCCAAAAAUCAGGAUCACCAAAACCUUCAACCAUCUCUGUCAAUAAGACUCAAACUGGUAACCCAUUACUUCAACAUAUCAUAAAUGUAAAUUGGACAUAUGUUGAAUCAAGAAACACAUAUGAUUAUUUGGUUAAAAAUCGACAAGUCAUAUUUUUAUCUUUGAAAUAUCAUAAAUUACAUCCAGAGUAUAUACAAAACAAAAUGAAACCUUUACUCAAGAAAAAUGCCUUGUUAUUAACAGUUGUCGACGUUGAAAAUAGUGAAUCUAUAUUGAGAGAGAUAAACAGGAUUUGUUUAUUCAAUGAAUUUACAUUAUUGUUGGCAUUUAACUUUGAACAAGCAGCCAAGUAUCUGACAUAUUUG